GUUGGUGUUUUGGGGCGUUUUUGUAAAGCGUGGUGGCGUGUAGGCAGAAACUGUGAUCAUGAGUACGGUGCAUUCCAGAGCCAGUGGAUUCGAGGUGGGUGUGGCUCGAGGGCGGGACACCGCAGGACUGCAAAAGCAAGCCACAUUCCACUCGCUCCCAAACACCAUGUCUUGGGCCUCAAUCCUGCUUUGAGGUCUUUAAAGGGUAGGGUUUAAACUGACUGGAUUGAUGUCAAGAAUCCAGAAUGUUUUCAAGUUCUUUGAAAGGUGAAAGGACGAUAUGGCCUCAGGUGUGCUUUUUUUCUGUAUCAUCAGCUUUAGAUCCACUGAACGGUUGAGCUCCAGUUAAAGAAAGCGGAAAAGGUGUACGAUCUAAACCGCAGGAACCAGUUUUGGCUCAUUGUAAAGUGUUUGUGGAGAAUCGUGUAAAAGAGCUCCAGCUUAACGUUCCCACCGCAAUGUGCAACCUUGGCCCUGGGCUAAACUUGGAACCGGGUAUGAAUCAUGAAGAACGUAGUUCACAGCUCCAUUUUAUCUUCUCCAGAGUGGACAUCCUGCAGACGCCGCAUUGCGAGGUCACAGAGAGGAAAAGAAGAGAUUUCCGUGUUUAAACAUGGGCUGAAUGGAAACUGCCUCCUCCAAUUGUUCUCUUGUGACUUUUUUUUUCCUGCAGGAGGGUGUUCCCUCGCUCUGCACAACCACCUCCGCCUGCAGAUAUCAAGCAGAUUUUUUUCAGGCCGACUUGCUCCAACUUGAUAAAUCGUACCUGGGGACAGCAUAACUGUCAUUCCUGUCCUGCUGCUCAUCUUCCAGCAGGAAGGAUAAUUACCCGAAAACCAGAAAAGCAGUCUGACAGGGAAGCUUUGCUGAAGUUCGUGACCCCGGCGUGACCGUGUGAGAUGGGUGAGGCUGGUAAAAUGGCAAAGCCAUGCAUAGGCCUGGUGCUGGUUGAGUUCGGGUACGAGUAUGAGAACCAAGAUGGCUGCAUGGUGUCCAUCAAACCCAAUGAGAGGUACACACUCCUGUCCAAGACCAACGACCACUGGUGGCACGUACGAAAGGACGAGUGCACCAAGCCGUUCUACAUCCCUGCCAAAUACGUAAAGGAGCUACCGUUCACUUUGCCUUCGCCCCUUGACUUUGCCGACCCUCCUGCGCCCAAGUUGAUGCCUCCCAUUGUUCCUGACCUGACAGAGAAACCGAAGGCCAACGAGGUAACCAUCAGGGCACGCUCGCCAAGGACCCCCCGGAAGACAGAGAACCGCAUGUCCACCUUUGGCGUCCCGUUGGACAUCCACGAGCCAUCGUCCUACAUGUACGGGGGUUCUGCAGACCCCAUCCUUUCCCUACGCCCAGUCCCAGCUUCAGAACCUGCAAAACACAAGAGACUCAGUCUCGCCCCAAACUUGUUACUGGCCUCCUACGAGUCACUGCAGAAGCCAAGAGCUCCGAGUGCGACACCCGCUGACCUGCUGCUUCGCCAGGCCAAGCCCGUGGAGCCACCAGUACUUAAGAACCUGAUUGAAACCAGGCAUCAGGGACUGGUGCUAAAGCCUGAGCCGCUCAUCGAGCCGGAAGAGGAGUCGAGUCCGGCGCAGACGCCUUCCUCAGACUCGGAGAACAUUUACGAAUCUAUAUUGGAUUUAAACCUGAAUGAUUUGAUGAAGACCGAAUCUGCUGCUCAGCCUGAUCCUGUUCAGGGUCCACCUUCAUCUGAACUGCAGGGAAAGGAGCAUGAGAACCCCACCACGGCGGUGUAUGCUAACGUCGCUGAGCUGAAGAAGCUCACGCCUUGUGUUCUUCCCUCAGCCACCUCCACCUGCUCGUCCCCCGGCCUCUCCCUAAGUCCGGCUCCAGACUCACCUGAAUGGGAGGCUCAAACUGAGCAGGACAACAACAAAAUGUUCUACCCUGCCACACACCCUCAGAGCCCCACUCUGCCGGUGGGGGUGGACCCCCUGGCUCUGACCGUCCCUGUUGUGGGAGCUCCGUCUGUUUCCGCUCCGUCCUCUCUGCCGCCGACUGUCCCUCCGGGAUCAGACUGGGAACAGCUCUUGGACGAGACGACGGGGAGACACUUCUACUACAAUGCCACGCUGAAUCAGACAUCGUGGGUUGCUCCGGACCCAAACAGCUCUCUUCUGGAAAGACUGCCACCUUUACCACAGGAGGAUUACCCCUCAAUUGACCAUAAGGUUCAGGCCGUCCCCUUCAGAGACCCACCCCAGUCCCCGGUCAGGCUGCCAGUCCUGCCCAGACUUGCUGUUGAUCCUGGGACGCCUGUUCCACCCGGCUGGAGCUGCUCCAUGGAGCCUGAUGGAAAAACCAUCUUCACUCAUGAUCAAACACAUCAACAGUGGAUCCAGUCAAAAGAUGAGAAAGGCAAGAGAUAUUAUUACACAAAGGACGGCUCUGUGUCUCAGUGGAAUCUUCCGGAGACGUCAGUGUUGGGGAAUGGUGUGGAGCAGAAUGGACAGUCUGCCUUGAAGAACUUGAAACACAUCCCUCAGGAGGACACGAAGUUUUUCCCGUCUCACCGCAGAGUUGCGUCCGAUUUCAGCACCGAUUCUUCGAGUACGGUGAAUUCGGCAGACACACAUCAGGAGGACAUUGUGAAGCCGAGAAGGAAUCUGUCCAGCACAGAUGCUCAUCUCCACCACCUCCUUCACCCUCACCACCCCCACCACCAUGCUUUAUUGCUGGAGAAGGCUGGAAUUCUCAACAAGACCAAAAUAGUGGAUAAUGGGAAGAAGCUGAGGAAAAACUGGACUCAGUCAUGGACUGUACUUCAUGGAGGAAUUCUCACCUUCUACAAAGAUCCCAAAUCCAAUCCGGGUGGGAACGUGACUAAGACCAAUCAGAUCAUCCCUGAGUUCACAGUGGAGCUAAGAGGAGCUGCAGUUGGCUGGGCUUCCAAAGACAAGUCCAGCAAGAAGAACGUCCUGGAGCUAAAGACCCGUCAAGGCUCUGAGUACCUCAUGCAGUACGACACCGACAGCAUCAUCCACGACUGGCACUAUAUCAUCCAGGACACUAUCAAACACCUGUAUCAUGAUCAUGGCUCAGAGGAAGAGGAUGAUGAGGUCAUGGAGAAAUCGACUCAGCCUGUCGAGCGAGAGAGGAAGAACACCACGACGAGGCAGAGCUCCUCAGGCGCUGCAGAUUCUGAUCAGAGCCGCGUUCGCACCAAACUGCGCAAGUUCCUCCAAAGGAGACCUACACUGCAAGCUGUCAAGGAGAAAGGCUACAUCAAAGACAAUGUGUUCGGCUGUCACCUGGACAUCUUGUGUCAUCGGGAGAACACCACCGUCCCCAGAUUUGUGGAGAAAUGUAUAAAGUCGGUGGAGAGGAGAGGAUUAGACAUUGACGGGAUCUACAGAGUGAGCGGGAACCUGGCGGUCAUCCAGAGGCUCAGGCACAAAGCUGAUCACGAGGAGGAUCUGGAUCUGGAGGAUGGUCAGUGGGAGGAGAUUCACGUCAUCACCGGAGCUCUGAAGCUUUUCUUCAGGGAGCUCCCAGAGCCGCUGUUCCCCUACAGCUUCUUUGAAAAGUUCAUCGCUGCCAUCCAAGUGAACGAUGCGAGUCUAAGGGUGUCGUACAUGCGGGACUUGGUGCAGGCGUUGCCGUUACCCAACCACAACACCAUGGAAGUGCUCUUCAAACACCUGCGCAAGGUGAUUGAUCACAGCGACUCAAACCGGAUGUCUUUCCAGAGCAUGGCCAUAGUCUUCGGUCCGACUCUGCUCCGGCCCGAGGAGGAAUCGGGAAACAUGGCCAUCCAUAUGGUCUUCCAGAACCAGAUUGUGGAACUCAUCCUCAGCAAGUUCUGUGAAGUUUUCUCUGCCCGAUGAGGCGUUUGGCCUGAGUGUCGCACCUGAAACUGAGCUCUCAGUGGAUUUUUGGUGGAUCUGAAAUGGUUCCUGGUUGACGAGAGUGACACACUCAGGCUAUGGCUCAUGGACUAUGCAAAUGGGUUUAGCAUGGAUUAGCAUUAGGAAAUCAAAACACCAAAUUCAGGAGAUUGUUCAGAUCUACAGUCUUGGGAUUAUUGGAUUGGAAGUGAACACAGAAAUUUUGGAAAUUGAUGCUCAUCAGAGCUUUAAAAGACUGAUGGAGAACGUUCAUGGUGUGUUUUACAUUCAUCCAGACUCCAAACUGAGCAGACUAUGAUCUGUGGCGGCUUUAUUUCAUGUCAGUAUCUAGACCAGGCUUGUGCAGAAUUAUUAUGAUUGGCAUCUUUAAAAACGGAAACCUUAGAGUAGAUCGUGAUAUUAGAACCAGGUGGACCUCUAGCAGCAGUCGCUCAGAUUUGUAAUGAAAACAUUGCAAUUAUGUUACUCAGAAUUGACGUUAUUGACGUUAUUUGUAAAGACGUCAAUUUGACACUUCAGUCGUUUUAGCUCAAAAUAUCCAUCAUUUGUUUAUGUUUCUACUCAGAUUUUCCACCAAUAUCAUUUUUGACUCAUAGCAUCCCUAUCACAGAUAGGCCCAAAAGUUUGUGGACACCAGACAUCCCAUUUUACAUGAAGUUAUAAUAACCUCCACUCUUCUGGGAAGAUGUUCCACUAGACUUUAUGAAGAUGUGUGUGAGAUUCAUUCGGCCACAGGGGUGUUAGUAAAGUCAGGUACUGAUGUAGGUGAGAAGAUGAAGGACAUUUAUUCAUGAUCAAUAAGGUUGGAGCUCAAUAGCAGGAGCUCUUCCACGCCAACCAAUGGAAAGCAGAUCUUCAAGCUGGAACAAGUUUGGAUCAAGUGAAGGGUGAAAGGGUUGGGUGUCCAAAUUCUUUAAACCCAGAAUAUAAUAGAAUCAGUGUAGGGAUAAAAUCAUUAUUGUACACAAGCUAAAUUCAGGUCUUACUUGGUCUGGGUGCCAGAACUCUAAAUGGCAAAUAAGUGGCGGAUUGCUGCCUAAUCCGGUCACAUGAUCUCACAAUCAGGAUAAACAAAAGGUUAUGAGGUCAAAUCUCAGAAUGGCCACAGUCCCACUUUUCAGACAAAAACGACUCAAUAAAUGUGUCGGAAUUACUUUAAAAAAAGGACACAACUUAACACACACGGAUAAAAUCAGAUAUUUUGCCAUUUGCGUCAGAUCGGACUCGGGAUUGGAUGUUUUAGGUUGCGAGGGAACACUUUAUACACGUGUGCAUUACAGUGCAAUCAUGUUUAAUGUUAAUAGAGCAUUUAUAUAUAGAUAUAUAGAUAUAUCUAAUCUCCAGAUGUGUACAGAGAGCGAUGUUUAUAUGGAAAGAGGUUGAUAAUAAAGUGAUCACUUUUGUGUUAAAGGAAUGUUCAACAUUCCGCAACAAUAAAUAUUCUUUUAACUCUGUGAA